CUGCGUGGUCUGCCUCUGGUCUGUAAACACGUAGGGGCGGAGGGGGCUGCGGGUGAGCCCACGCUGCGCGUCCGACCCCAACCGCUGGGUGUGAGACUGCGUCCCUGCGUGUCACAAACACACACGGAUGUGAACCCUGCUUCAUUCGACGUGCGUGUCAUGGCUUAAAAAUAGAUGCUAAUCCGUCAAGCGGUCUGGCAGUGGCAGCGAAGGGGGCGGCGACAGCAGGAGAGUCAUGGCCGUGGCCGAGGGGCUGCGGGCGCCUGCGAUCUGCCUCCGGGACUGAGGCCCCCGCCGGCACAGAGAGCAACAGCUACCUGGAGACGGAGCCAUCAUCACCGCAGCCACCGGGCAGCUGUCACGGUUUCUGCCACCUCUAAGAUGUGCCCUGGUAACUGGCUCUGGGCCUCCAUGACUUUCAUGGCCCGCUUCUCCCGGAGUAGCUCGAGGUCCCCUGUUCGCACCAGAGGGCCCUUGGAGGAGAUGCCAACCGUUCAACAUCCCUUCCUCAAUGUCUUUGAGUUGGAGAGGCUUCUCUACACAGGCAAGACAGCCUGUAACCACGCCGAUGAGGUCUGGCCAGGCCUCUACCUCGGAGACCAGGACAUAGCUAACAACCACCGCGAGCUGCGGCGCCUGGGCAUCACCCACGUCCUCAACGCCUCACACAGCAGGUGGCGAGGCACGCCCGAGGCCUACGAGGGGCUGGGCAUCCGCUACCUGGGUGUCGAGGCCCAUGACUCGCCAGCCUUUGACAUGAGCAUCCACUUCCAGACGGCUGCCGACUUCAUUCACCGGGCGCUGAGCCAGCCUGGAGGGAAAAUCCUGGUGCACUGCGCUGUGGGAGUGAGCCGAUCCGCCACGCUGGUGCUGGCCUACCUCAUGCUGUACCACCGCCUCACCCUCGUGGAGGCCAUCAAGAAAGUCAAGGACCACCGAGGCAUCAUCCCCAAUCGAGGCUUCUUGAGGCAGCUCCUGGCCCUGGACCGCAGGCUGCGGCAGGGUCUGGAGGCGUGAGGGGCGCGGAGAAGGGAGGUCGAGCCAGGCGUGGGGUAGGUCCCUGGCUCCCUGCUGGAGAGAGAAGGCCCAGGCGGCAGGUAGCUAGAGGCCCAGAUAACCCAUCCUCCCCGGUAGGCAGGAGAGUGAGAGGGCUGAGGUGUGGUGCCCCAUUACUAUUUGUCCGGGUGGGAUGCGGAGUGAGGGUGGGGAGUGUGAUGGACACCCAGGAGGGAGUCCAGCAAGGAAGGAAGCCGCUAGGCUGUAGGCAGAAGUCUGUCCUGGAAUCUGCACACCAUUGGAUUCCUGCCAGAGCACCCCCUUGCCCCCCAGUGAUUCAGAGCCCCUUCUCCGCUUUGUGCCCACGUGUUCCCCUUUCUCACUCAUCAAAACAAAAGGGUCAUCUCUGUCCUGUGCUUGUGCAGGGAGUCGGGGCUGCAGCAAGCGUGAACGUGACGGUGUAGAGCUGUGUGGAGAUGGUAGCGUAGAGACAGACGGUGCAGAGGUGGUAUGAGAAGCUGUGAAACCCGAGGGAGAAACCCACAGACUUGUUACUCCAAGCACAGGAAGAGCAGGUGUGGGAGGGUUGGCACUGUGCCCGUGGGUGCCAGUUGUGGCCCAAAGCGACAGAGAUGCAUGACUGCGAGUCUUUACAGAAUCGCUCGCUUAUGGGGUGCAAUUGUCUUGGGGAAAAAUAAAGAUGGUGGACAAGAA